AUGGCUGCUCCGCAACAAAUUGUGGUUGAGCCUAUGACCCAGCAGCUCCUGGUCCAAAAGGCUGGCGAGGAUUGGACAGGGGUCACUAGCACUGCCGAAAGACGAAAGUUGCAGAACCGACUGAACAAAAGAUCGCAAUAUCUCAGAAAGCGACAGAAGCUUGAGAAAGCUAGGAUUGCCGCCAAGGCCGACUCACCAACUACAUCAAACCGGCCAGAAGACACCACCUUACAAAGAUCUCCAAACGCCAUGAUGCAAGCUAUUAUAGAAACAUGCGAGAUAUUCGACAGUCCAGAUAUCAGUCAAAGAGUAUUCGCUCUCGCAAGUAUGGCUUAUCUAGACUACGUAAUGAAUGCCCCACGCAUCUCACAACUGCCAAUCCUCAUCACAUUAAACGUCACUAUAGCCAUCGCCAAGAAUGCUACAUUGAUGGGGUUUGAUCGCGAACGCAUGUGCAUGGAUGAAGCGAUAUCACCAUUUAACCAAAGUGGGCCAUGGCCAUCCUCUUACAACCCACCAAAGGCCUUGGAGCCCACGCCAGUGCAAAAGACUGUCCUUCAUCAUCCUUGGCUGGACAUAUUUCCCUUUCCCAAGUUUAGAGACAAUGCUAUCCUAGCGACAGAUGCAGAAAUUUUGGACGAUGGGGAACUUUGUGAGGAUGUGGCAGAAGUUAAUUUGAUGAAUACUGAGAAGCCGAGUUUGAUUGUAUGGGGGGAUGCUUCACUUCCGCAUUCUUGGGAGGCUUCGCCGUUGUUUCUUCGGAAAUGGGGGUGGUUGCUUCAGGGUUGUCCGGAGAUGUUGGAAGCGACGAAUAGAUGGAGGCAAAGUCGAGGCGAAAAGCUUUUACACUGGCAUAGCAAUUGA